CUUCAGUGGCGGAAUGUUUGUCAGUGAAUCUGUGCGCUCGUGUCUUUCGUCUCACGGACCUGCAGAUGAAGUUUUGACAUUUCGCGAGGUUUCCGGGACUCUGUCGUCGACAUCGUGUGUAUGGAUGUUUUUAUUCCUCGUUUUAAGGCGCCGGUAGCCUGACGUGAUUUGGAGGGCUGUCAGCCCCCAUCAUGUAAACAGAUGCUCCAGCGCUCAGUUAAACCACCGCCGCACAUCAGAUUCAAUAUGCAAAACUCGUAUGAAGCAUCAAAGAGAAAAGCAGCUUUCAGGCGAGAUUAAAACAACACCGUCCCAACUGUCACAGCCACCACUGCCACCAUGCCUGGUGAGGACAAACCACCACAGCAGACCCGGCAGAGGAGAAAGAACAAAAAGUCGCGCUCUAAGGGGAAGAGCGUCGGUGGGAGUCCCAGUGCCGGCCCGGGAGGCAGCGUAGAUGGACAGGAUGACCUCCUCUUACCUCCGGUCCUCCAGCCUCCCCCGAAGAAGCAGCCAGUGGAGAGGCCGAAGGUGCCGGUGGCCAAGGUGGAGGAGGAGUCGUCCAUAGUUAUUUGUCUCCAGGUGCUUUUUCCCUACCUGCUGGCUGGGAUGGGCAUGGUGAUGGCCGGCAUGGUGCUGGACAGUGUACAGCACUGGGAGGUGUUUAAGGUGAUAACGGAGGUUUUCAUCCUGGUGCCUGCGCUGGUCGGACUCAAAGGAAACCUGGAGAUGACCUUGGCUGCUCGCCUCUCCACUGCUGCCAACACAGGUCAAAUGGACGACCCUGAUAAACAAUGGACGAUGGUGUGCAGCAAUCUGGCACUAAUACAGGUUCAGGCCACAGUGGUGGGCUUCCUCGCAGCAGUGGCAGCCGUGUGUUUAGGAGCCAUUUCCAGAGGAGGCGUUGAACUGGACCAGGCGGCUGUUCUGUGCGCCAGCAGCAUCACCACUGCCUUUGUAGCUGCUCUGUCUUUAGGCCUGGUGAUGAUCGGAGUGAUCAUCGGCUCCAGGAAGGUGGGAAUCAACCCUGACAACGUGGCCACCCCCAUCGCUGCCAGCCUGGGGGAUUUGAUCACCCUGUCCCUGCUGGCCGGGGUCAGCAGCACACUCUACGAGUAUAUAGAUAUAUGGUACCUGUCCCCCCUGGUGUGUCUGGUCUUCCUGGCCCUGAUCCCUCUGUGGGUGUUGGUGGCUCGACAGAGCCCCCAGAUCAGGGAGGUUCUCCGCUCAGGGUGGCAGCCUGUGAUAGUGGCCAUGUCUAUUAGCAGUUUCGGAGGACUCAUACUGGACAAGACAGUGAGUGAUCCCAACUUUGAGGGCAUGGCAGUCUUCACGCCCGUCAUUAACGGAGUGGGUGGUAACUUGGUGGCCAUCCAGGCCAGUAGGAUCUCCACCUACCUGCACUUUUGGAGCAUCCCGGGCGUGCUGCCCUAUAAGAUGAGGCAGCACUGGCCCAAUCCCUGUAUCACCUUCUUCUCCUCAGGGGUGAACUCCAAGUCUGCACGCGUGCUGCUGAUGCUGGUUAUCCCCGGUCACCUGGUCUUCCUCUACGCCAUCUCUCUGCUGCAGGGAGAGGAGGCGCCUAUCUCCAUAGCCUUCACCGUCUGCUACCUGUGUGCUGCUCUGCUACAGGUGGCUAUCCUCCUUUAUGUUGCUGACCUCAUUGUCCGCUUGAUGUGGAGAAGGAGUCUGGACCCAGACAACUUCUCCAUCCCCUACCUGACCGCCCUGGGCGACCUGCUGGGCACUGGCUUCCUGGCCUUGUGCUUCCGCUGUGUCUCACUUGCUCAGAGCCUGGGUCUAUGAAUUUUCCCCUGUACCAUGAACUCUUAGCCAGCCACUGUCUUGUUGCACCGAUUUUGUUUGCACAGAGAUGCUUUUGAUUGGACAAUAAAGCAUUUUCUAAUCUUUAUCACUGGGCCAGUUCAUCCCAAGGAAUUUGUCACAAAUUCAGACCUUUACACUGGUGGAGAGACAGCACAUGUGACACCCACCCACUUACACCCAUCCAUCUGGGUGUAAAGUUUGCUGCCUGAAAAUGUCCGGCCCUCAGCUGGAUCUGAUUCUUUUAUUCAAGUGCAAAAGACUUCAAAGUAUUUGGAAGUUUUACUUCUCUCCUUCAGAACAUCUGCUACACUUUUUUAGUUAAAAAUCAUUCCUCUUUAUUUCUGUGGUCUAAUUUUCCUGCACUAACAACAGUUUGGUGGGUCUGUGCUCACCUCGUCUCUUAGCUCAUCUCUUUGGCUUCAUCAGAGGAAUAUGUAGCAGCAGAACAUCAUAGCAGCAGAACAUCAUGGCAGCAUAUCAACUGUGCAGGCCAGUAGAAAUGUUUUUCAAUGGCCUUCACUGUGAACAAACGGUUUGUUUGUGGAAAUUUGUUUGAACUUGAAUAGAACAAACAGACUUAAAGCAGCCCUCAUUUGGGUGGGCUGUACUAUGCAUUAAGGCUAGAGGUUGUGGAGGUUGAUACAUGUCGUACAGUAACUGAAAUUUUCAUGGAUGUAUGUCCAAUAUAUGAGUUUGGAUCCAUCUUUAUUUUUUUAGAACAAAUGGGACAGAUGGUUUUUGUCAUGCACAAAAGUAACACAUCACAUGAAAAAAAAACUGAAUCUCCAUUAUUAUCCAUAUAAUGUACUUCAUGAGAGUCUAAUAACCAAAAUCCCCCAUUUUUCUACAGUUUUUGCUGAAUUAAUUUUUAAGUUUUUUGAGAUAGAGCUGUCUGACCGACAGAUGGCAGGAGGUAUUUUCAUGGCCAAACCCAAGUGGCAGGUUGCACAAUGGAAACAGUGUGAUUAGGAGGAAGACUAUUAGUAGUUGUGGUUGGAGAUUGUAUCAGUCAUAAACAUCAUGCAGAGAACAGUGCAGAGCAGCUCCACCUCAUGUACUAAUAGUAAAUGGUGACUGAUGUGCAGGAGGUGCAGAAUCAUCAUAUCAUUCUAUAGUGUACCUGAAUAAAUAAUGGCAGAUACAGUAACAUAUUUAGUCGCUCUGUUUGUUGGAGAAUUAUUACAUAGUGUUUUUUUGUGAAAUGAGGUGAGGAUCCAAACAAAACAAAACUUAUCAUAAAGACUGUUUGACUUCGGGAGGGGUGGAGGGCAUACACCAGCAAGUUUUUGACAAUUAUAAUUGAUGUGUUUGUGUCCAGCAUCCCCACUCACUGUGUCUAUGAUGGCACCUACUGGCAUCAAUAGUGAGGAUUAAAAAUUAUUCCAGACUAGUGCAAUAAAAUCAAAAUCCAUGAAAAGAUACUGUUAAAGAAAUGAUUUGACCUUUUGGAAGAUAGACUUAUCUGCAAAGAGUUAAAUGAGGAGAUUGAUGAGAUUGAUAACACUAUGUUAAAAAUUAGUUUACGGCCAGCUAAUGUAGUUUAGCACAAAGACUGGAAAAGGGGAAACAGCUAGCCUUGCUCUGUGCAAAAGGUAACAAAAUCUCUUACCAACAUUUACUAAAACAUAUGUCUCUUGUUUAAGUGUAAAAACAAAAAUUCACUAAUUUUUGUGGUUAUGUGCAAACCUAUUUUUUGGCCCGGAAGUUCAGUUUUUGUAUGGAUUAAACAAAUGAGAUGUAACGUGUUAAUUAGUAAAAUCUAGAGGUGCUUGUAGGUGCCUGGAUUCUGACAAUGGCAGGCUAGUUCUUUCCUCCUGUUUCCACUCUUCCAGGUUGAAUAUAAAUUGGUAUCGAUCUUCUCAUCUAACGCUUGGCAAGAAAGCAAAUAACAUUUUCUUCCAAAAUCUCAAACCUUUCCUUUAAUGGCCAGAAAAAUUAUUUGCUAAAGCUACAGUAAUAGGCCUGUAAACAUUGAUGGCUGUUACUUCUAACACACUUCUUCACUGGGAUCUAUUUGAUCCCAGUGAAAAGACUACAUUUCUGACUUAAAGCCCCCAUGAUCCCUCACAAAAACUGUUUCCAGAAUACCUAAUAUGCAGAUGAUGUAUUGCUUUUUGUUGCACAUAGAUAUACAAUGCCAUUAAACUGGCACAUGCAAAUGAUACAGUAAUAAAUAUAAAUAAGCAAUGAGAUUGUUUUUCAGAUUCUACAUCAUAACAGAAACUGUUUAAAGACCCAGAUGUUACCUUCUAAAGCGCUCUGAAAAAUGUCACCACACAUCUCACUAUUUGUAGAGCAAUGUCAAUAUUGAACAAAUAUUUUGCAAUAUUUAAUUUAUUGUGAAUUUUGUGCUGCCACUCAAUCUAAAAAAAACAAACAGCAAUGAACUUACACAGAUGACUUCUACAUGUAUUUGUUUUCAACCAUCAGCCCAGGUUUAUGUGUUUACAUUGAUUAUUUAGCUGCAGAGGAUCUUGGGUAUUCCCUCACUUACUGCCUUACUGCUCAUUAUAACGUAAGAACCAUGAAACCUCAUCAUUACUGUAGUGAGUGCAUAUACAUGCACACGUUACUCUUUAGUGUGUUCAGACAGACAGCGAGGUGAAUUGACCUUGUGUCAUCCGCACACAAGCUGGAACUCACCUUUAACUCCAGUUCUUUAUAUUUUACUCCAGUCUCUCUCCCUUUUUCCUCUCAUCUUGUCACUACAUAGCCAACAUUAGCAUUAACAGCUGUUUACUCACCAGUCUAGGAGAAAAGUUGUGAGUUCAGCAUCAAACUUAAUUCUUUUACUUACCAAGAGCUUUUUCCAGCAGUGGAAAUCAACUCUUGCCUUUAUCACGUCUUUUCUUCAACUGAGCGCGUUAACCAGCUAGUCGUGGCCCAUCUCGUCACUUUGUGAUAGCGAGUUAAUGUAGCCUCCAAUCUGCCCUGUAGACCCUGAUUAACUCUUGCAACGAUGGCCAAAGCUUUGUCAAGCAACAGUCACCAUCACUUUCAGCGGCCGAGUCCCUUUAACACCGUCCUGGGCGAAUUUGUGUCUCUUCUUUCUAACUAAUUUCAUCCUUCCAUUGACUUUGUUUACAAUCACAUCAUGUCUAACAUUCACCUCGCAUUCUGUUUGAAGUAACACCUAUUAUUCAAUUAACAGUUAAAGUCAUGUUUAAGCAUCUCCAUAUUCAAAUUGUGUAUAAUUUCAGCUGACAUAAAUACACAAAAAGAUAACAAUUAAUAUAUAACUGCAAAAACCACAGUAUUCUGGAUUCAGAACUUAAAUGUCUGAAGUACACUGGCCAGCUCUCUAACCUUGCUGUCAUACUGGUGUAUGAGCUUCAUAUCAAAGAUUUACACUAUAUCUCUAAAACAAGAAAGAAAUACAAACGUGUGUGUAAAUGCACUCAUUAAAAUCACAUGGAACAUGUUUGCUGUUUGCUGUUACUCGUUGUACCUAUUUUUAGAGACAAACCUCAUAAACACUGAAAUCUGAGGCACUUCUGAAAACAACCUGUCUGAAUAUUAGUGUGAGGUAUUUCAGUGUUAAUAGUGCUUUGCUAAAAGCUUUUAUUGUGACACUGUUACACAGUACUUUCUACACUAGAGGGUAAUGAAAUCUUAAGAUGUACUAUUUGAGUCACAGUUUAUUUCACUCGAGCUUACUGAGAUUAAUGUGUUAACUGUGAUACUGUGAGAAUUAGAGUUAAGGUAGUGUAGUACCAGCACGAAAGUGUGUCUUAAUCGAUUGGGCUGGAUGAUAUAACCUGUCACAUUUAUAUCGGUAAUGGAUGUAAUCUUUUUUUUCUUUUUU